GCGGCGGAAACAACUUCACCAUCACAGACCUGUUGCCGUGCAGCAGUUACGACGUGAUUGUCUCCGUCGUGACUCCUGGAGGUAUCAUCGGCCAACCCGCUGGCACGCCACUCACACCGAGGACGUCCCGCCCGGCCCCGUCAAAUUCCUGCGCAUGAAAGAAGUGACGUCCCACGAGAUGACCAUCAGCUACGAAGCCCCGACAACCCACCCUCAAUGCGUUCACGAGUACGAUAUCGAGAUUAUCAACCAGGACGACUACUUCAGCAAACACAGCCACGUCGUGCCGUAUAUGGACGGCACGUUCACGGACCUCGAGGCUUGCGCCGACUACCUCGUCAACGUCAGAGCUGUAACAAGAACCGGGCUCUUCUCGGAGUGGCGCUCGAUCACCACCACGACCGGGGGCGACGUGCCGAGCGUCCCCAGAUCCUUUGCGGUGGAAGGCUUCAGUAUGACCUCCGUCACACUUAACUGGUGGCAGCCUGACACCAACAAACUCUGCGUCACGAAAUACCGUCUUGAGUGGACCGAUGGGACAAUCUCCAACUCCACCGAGAUCAGCCCUUCCCCUGGCCAGGCCCUGCCCUUCGAAAACCAGUUUAUCGCCACAGGACUCGUCGCCUGCACCGACUAUACGUUCACCGUGUACGCCAUUUCCGACGUAGGAGGGACCAGCAACCCCGCCACCGUCACCCAGAAAACGGAAUGCGCCCGUUAGCUGGAAUCCACUUACUUCUUCGCCAAAGGGAAGAACUAUAGUGGACAUUUUAAGGGUUCUGAAUUAUAUAUAUUUAUGCUUAAGAUCCAUACGUUUGAUUCGGUCAUAUUAAAAAAAAUAAAAGAAUAAGAGCAACUAGGUAAAUAAUGAGAGAUUGGCAUUUACUAAUUAUUUGUGUAUCUAAUAUUAUUGAUACAUAUACUCAUGUAUUACUCACAUACUCAUAUAUAUAUAUAUAUAUAUAUAU